GCUCCAGCCCCGGCCAGGCGCGAGAGCCGUGUCGCUCGGUGCCCGCACGGAGAGGAGCCAGGCAGGCCGGGACGAGUUGGACGGGAGCCUCGCUCGCUAACCCCGCGCAGGCCACGCCACGGAGGGGCUCUGGGGAGUCAUGGAGGCUCUUACUCUGUACCAUCAAAUCUUCCUGCAGUAUUUAAACCAAACAAGAAAUGUGGUGAAUGAAAAGUGUUCCAGGGUGGAGCCCUGGCAACUCAUCGCAUCAACAAUUGCUGCUACCUUGCUGAUUGUGAAGAUGUACACGUUUCUCUUCCAGCCAGAAAGUUUAACAUCACGAUUAAAAAAAUGGUUCUUCAGAAUUAUACGCAAACUGCCCAUCAUUGGUCAAAUAAUACAGCAGCAGAUAUACAAGGCUAUGGAUGAUAUGUCUUCCCAGCUGUCAUUUUUGCAAUACAAAAAGAAUUACAUCACAAGCCUGCCAGCAAAAGGUCUCAGCCAGCCAGAAUUGUUGAAGAAGUUGAAAGAGUACAGCACUUUGGGUAACGUACAGUGGGAAGACGGCAAAGUAUCUGGGGCAGUAUACAGUGGGGAAGAGAAACUCGUUAAUCUGUUCGUUAAGGUUUAUGAAGAAUUUGCAUGGAGUAAUCCACUUCAUCCAGAUGUCUUCCCAGGUGUGAGGAAGAUGGAAGCGGAAGUUGUAAGAAUGGCUUGCACGCUUUUUCAUGGUGGACCUAAUUCAUGUGGAACGAUGACGUCUGGUGGAACUGAGAGCAUCUUGAUGGCCUGUAAAGCCUACAGAGACUUGGCGUAUGAAAAAGGGAUCAAAUACCCAGAAAUGUUGGUGCCAGAAAGUGCCCAUGCAGCAUUUGACAAGGCUGCCCAUUAUUUCAGGAUUAAGAUUGUGCACAUUCCUUUGACUGAAUCGAUGCAAGUGGAUGUGAAGGCAAUGAAGAAAGCCAUUUCCAAGAACACAGCCAUGAUGGUCUGUUCAGCCCCACAAUUUCCUCAUGGGAGCAUUGACCCCAUUGAGGAGGUAGCAGAGCUUGCACUGAAAUAUGAUAUUCCCUUCCAUGUGGAUGCCUGCCUGGGAGGCUUUCUCAUUGUCUUCAUGGAGAAGGCAGGAUUUCCUUUAGAGCAGGCUUUUGAUUUCCGUGUGAAAGGUGUCACCAGCAUUUCUGCAGAUACACAUAAGUAUGGCUAUGCUCCAAAGGGCUCCUCUGUGAUAAUGUACAGUGAUGUGAAGUAUCGACAUCACCAGUUCUUUGUUGCUCCUGAUUGGCAAGGAGGGGUUUACGCCUCCCCCACUAUUGCUGGUUCCAGACCUGGAUGCCUUAUUGCAAGUUGCUGGGCAACAAUGGUGUACUUAGGAGAAGAAGGUUAUGUAGAAGCCACUAGGAAGAUCAUCUCAACUACACGGUUCAUCGUAUCUGAGUUGCGGAAAAUUGACCACAUCGUUAUCAUGGGCAAACCAGAAGUUUCUGUCAUUGCUUUGAAGUCUGAUACAUUUGACAUUUACAGAUUGUCAAAUCUGUUAAUAUCUAGAGGAUGGAAUUUUAAUAUUUUACAGUUCCCUCGAGGUAUUCAUUUUUGCUUAACAUUAGUGCAUACAAAACCUGGGGUGGCUGAACUACUGCUGAAGGAUAUCAGAGAGUGUCUCUCUGAGAUCAUGAAGAAUCCAAACGAAAAGACUACUGGCAUGGCUGCAAUCUAUGGCAUGGCACAAGCCAUUCCUGACAGAAACCUGAUUUCAGAAAUUGCUGGUAGUUAUUUGGACAACCUGUACAACACAGAUCCUCAUCCACUUGCUGAAGCGCACAUGAAUGAUUCUCCAGGCUCCCACUGAUUUUUAGUAAUAUACCUCAACUGUUGAUGAUAUUCUAAAGAAUUCAAGGGAAAGAGAAUAUAAUUUGGAAGUGUUCCUUCUGCAGAUACAGCUCAUAAGGUAGCUUGAUCUGCUUGCAUAACACUCCCUCUUAGGUUAAACACAGGUUCAACUCCCUAGCUCACAUUCGCUGUUUAGAUCUGUGAAACUUCAGAAAUACUCUCUCUUAUCUUCUGAUUCUUUGUAUUUCUUAGGAGAACUCACUGCAAUACCUAGUCCUCCAAGGGACAGCAGGCUUAAGGGCAAUACAAGUCUGUUCCAUCAUCCUUCAUGCUCAGGUGCUUCAAAUCACUUCAGUGGUUGCAUGUCUCUUGGUUGACUUUUACCACUGAGCAGUGAGUUCAACAAAAGGUUGCAUGUCAACAUCCCUCAUGGACUUUAGGAUAAAGUCAGGGUGGGUGUUUAGUUCAUUCUGUGGGAAUUUGCUCUGAAUGAGAGGAAAUGGAUCAGAGGAAGAAAGGGAUAAUUUCUUCUUUCCCUGUGGCUCCAGGGUGCUUUACUCUUUCCCUAGAUUUUUUUACUGCGACCCCUCAGUCUUUGACCCAAGCAGAUCCAUGGAGGUACUAAGGAUAAAAUGGUUCCUCCAUAUGCGGGAGCUUUUGUCCUACUCUCUGUUACUGCACUGGGAGAAAGCAAAUUGCAUUUCUUGAGAGGCAAUGUCACUGUUUGAGAAGUUCAGCUUCUUAAACUGCUACUUCUGUCAUUUGUUAAGCAUCUUUAUGGACUCCAAGCACCAGUGCCUCAGAAUGUAAUCCUUUGUAGGACACAGCACUCUUUUUUAGGUGUUGCAUCGAUUGUCAGACACGUUCUUAAGAGCGCACACACAGAUUUGCCUUAAAUGCUGAGAGCAUCCCCACUCAGAAUCCAGGAAGGAGGCAGAUGAUCAUGAUCAAGUCAACAGAUGAUUGCUUCCUUUAUGGUACUACACUGAAAAUAACCUCAGCCUCAGGUAUCAUAUACUCCCCCUCUUCAGUAUGUCAUGUUGUCUGAGCUCAGUCCACCCAUAGAUAGCACUUUGCAACUGUGAUAUGGAUACUUGUAGCCUAGAAGCUUGGCCUUAAUGGGUUAGAGCAGUGCUUCUCAGCCUUGGCGAGUUUGAGAAUUAAGAAUUCUGGGAGUUGAAGUCCACCCAUCUUAAACCCGCCAAGGUUGAGAAACGCUGGGUUAGAGAUACUGCUUCUAUCCCAUUGUUUAGUUUGCUUGUAGAAGUAGCAAUGGCUCUGGUGGGAAGUUCAUGGGCCAAAGGGCAGGCACAUUAACUUUUUAUUCCAAGGCUUGAGGUGAAUGGAGAACAGUUCCAUUUGGCCUUGAACCAUUUCUGUAGAUUACUAGGUACUUUGCUAGAUCACCUAAGGCUUUAUUACCUUCAGUCAGCAGUGCUCCUCUGAAGAAAGCAUAGAAUAAAAUCUUUAGUGGUACAGACUCAUGUUCCUUUCAGUUAUUAUUGUAUAGUCCUUGGUAACUUGAUGUGUUCAGGGUCUAUGUUGUUAUGUGAAUCUUGGGAUUAAUCAUUUAGCUCUUUGUGGCAUCUUUCUGUUUCAAUUUCGAAUGGAGUGAAUGCAAAACAACCUGAUGGUUAAUUGCCUGAGACAUGUAUUAUGUACUGACUAGUUCCUUUGUUUGAACAGAUACCCAGGUAUGGUUUCGAAAUAUAUUAAGAAAGGAAAACUUGAUUGCAUCCCUUAUACUUGUAUAAUUUAAUAAAUUGUUUUCAUUCAUGUUUUAGAACAGAAUGUUAAUUUUGUAAGAUCUUAAUUAGAGAUUCAUACCAAUACAUAUUCAAUAGUGCUUUAUUUCAAUACUUAACUCAUACUUUCUGAUGAAUCUUGUAUGUGUUUUCAGGUUUAAAAUAAAUGUUUUUUUUCUCCCUCA